UUAAUAAAUACCGUCACUGCUCUCGGAUGAUCAUAUCCGGCUCGAUCAUGUCCAGAUUCUGCUGCAGGAUGCGUCUCUCUGGAGUGAUCUCUGCACUUUUCUGCUUUUUGCUUUUUCCAGGAACAAUAGCUCAGAAAUCCUUUGAUGACACGAUUUACCUCCUGGCCGUGACGUCCCAGGCCGUAGGGGGCACCACAGAGACGCUGUGUGUCACGGUCAACCCCACUCACCCCAUUUCACUGGACGUCACCCUGCAGUAUAACAAAAACAGAGUCAAACUUCUGAGUCAAUCGCUUAAACUAGGGGAAUACUACCGCUGCGUCCCAUUCCAGGUUCCUGUCGUAAGCGAGGAUUCUGUGGCAUCUAUUCAACUCCAGAUUAAAUGGCAAACCAAAGUGCUGAGCAAAUCAACACAGAUUCUCAUCACACCUCCAACUCAGCUGACCAUCAUCAAGACCGACAAACCCAUCUACAAACCAGGACAAACGGUGAAAUUCCGCAUCGUCUCUCUGGAUUCCAAUUUCCACACCUACAAUCAGACGUUUCCAACAAUAGAACUGCGGGACCCAAACUCAAACCGCAUCGGUCAGUGGCUGAACGUCUCCACGAGCAGCGGCCUUGUGGAUCUGUCAUAUCCCUUAAACUCUGAGGCCACAAAUGGAUAUUAUGCCAUCUCUGUCUGGAGGAACAGUCUCACAGAGGUCACAGAACAAUUCGAGGUCAAGGAUUACGUUCUGCCGACGUUUGAGGUGACGGUCCAGCUUCCUCCAGUCAUAACCGUCCUGGACACGAGCGCUACGCUGAAAGUGUGUGCGAAGUAUACAUACGGGAAGCCAGUGAGCGGCGUGGUGAAGGCCACAGUCUGUCAUAACAGUUUCAGCUACUGGUGGUUCAGGGCAGAAAACCCACAGGCAUCAGACAUCUGUCAAAAUUAUACCAUGCAGACGGACAGGAUGGGAUGUGGAGAACAAGUCAUAAAUCUGUUGGAAUUUGCGAUAGCUGAUUUCAACUAUGAGAACGUGAUCAACGUUCAGAGUGAAGUGGAAGAACAUGGCACUGGCGUGAUUAUGAAGGGUUCAGGAAGCUCAAGUAUAACAAAUAAUAUGGUCAUGAUUUCAUUUGAGGAUUCACCAACAACAUUUAGGCCUGGAAUAAUGUAUGAAGGAAAGAUUAAAGUCACAGACCCAUACUCCAAUCCAGUGAACAGGAAGCCGGUGAAUUUGACUCUGACUUACGGGGAUAAUAUAAAUUCAGUUAAGACGCUGAUUACAAACGACAAAGGGAUCGCACAGUUUUCCUUCGACACUAAACCAUGGAGUCAGGAGUCGGUCUCUUUGAAGGCAGAGUAUAAAGAGGAUGAGAGACCAGUUGUGUAUGAGGCCAACCAUCUCACACCGUAUUACCCCGCUGCCUACCUCUGGCUCCAGCCCUUCUACUCCAAGAGCAAGAGUUUUAUUGAACUGAAGCGAGGCUCAAAUCCUUUCAGCUGUGAUAAGUCCGCUAACGUGGUGGCUGAGUAUCUGAUCAACGACAAAAUAAACCAGAAGACCUUAUCCUUCUACUACAUGGUGAUGUCCAGAGGACAUUUAGUUCAGCAAGGACGUCUCUUGGUGUCCGCCACUCAGAAAGGAGAGAUCAGGAACAGAGUGUUUGUGCCCCUGAGGAACGUCAACAAGUUGCCCCCAAUGGCUCAGGUGGUCUUGUACACACUGCUUUCCACCGGUGAGGCCGUGGCAGACAGCAUGAACUACCCCGUUCAGCCAUGUUUGACUAACAAGGUGUCUCUGAAUUUCAAAUCUCCUUCUGAGCUUCCUGGUGAUGUGACGUCACUGACCCUGAAAGCUGCUCCAAACUCGCUGUGCUCAGUGAGAGCCAUAGAUAAGAGUCUGCUGCUGCUGAAACCGGAGAACGAGCUCACCAUCGAUUCUGUGUUCAACAUGCUGCCUGUCCAGAUGUUAUCAGGAUAUUCAUACAUGGUCUAUGAGGAGGAUUCGAUCCCAUGCCCAGAGAAUCCACCUAUCAUGAUGCCAGUGGAAAGAUCGAUCGGUUAUUUUCCUUAUGGAAAAGUCGACGUGUACAACGUCUUUAGAGAUGUCGGAGUUAAGAUCCUGACCAAUGCUGAUAUUAGAUCUCCUCCGGUGUGCCAUGAAGAUAUGACGAUCAUGAGGCCUGCUGUCAUGAACGGACCAGCUAUCCUAGCCUCAGACAGUGUUUCAGCUUCCGUCCAUGAAAAACAAUCGGUCGUAACAAUCCGCAAAUAUCUCCCAGAGAUGUGGAUUUGGGAUCUUGUUUCAGUCAGUCAGUCUGGAGUGACAGCCCUUAAUAAAACAGUCCCAGACUCCAUCACUACAUGGCAGGCUGGCGCAUUCUGUACAUCACCUGUCGGGUUCGGAGUCGCACCGAAAACUGAGCUCACUGCCUUCCAGCCUUUCUUUGUGAGUCUCACCAUGCCCAGCUCCGUCAUCCGAGGAGAAGUGUUCACACUCAAAGCCACCGUCUUCAACUACCUCCAAAGCUGCAUGAUGGUGAAGGUGACUUUGGCUGAAUCAGAGCAGUUCUCAGUGACACCAUGUGAAGGCUGCAGUAACACACACUGUCUGUGUGCUGAAGAGAGCUGGACCUUCUCCUGGACCAUCACACCACUGGCUCUGGGUGAUGUGAGCAUCAGUGUGACGGCGGAGGCCAUACAGUCGUCUGCUCUGUGUGGAGAGACUGCGGUUACUGUCCCAGAGAAAGGACGCAUCGACACGAUCAUUAAGACGCUGCUAGUGCUGGCUGAAGGAACCAAACAGUAUAAAAGCUACAAUGAGCUUCUCUGUCCAUCAGAAAAUGCAGUAGAGAAGACGGUCUCACUAACCCUGCCCGAGAUCAUGGUGGACGGUACGGCCAUGGCAUCCAUCUCCGUGCUGGGAGAUCUGAUGGGUCGAGCUCUACAGAACCUGGCGAGUCUCCUGGCGAUGCCGUACGGCUGUGGAGAGCAGAACAUGCUGCGUUUCGCCCCCAACAUCUUCAUCCUGCAGUACCUGGAGAGCACCAGCCAGCUUACACCUCAGAUCAGGAGUACAGCUGAGACCUACCUCGUGACCGGAUAUCAGACGGAGCUGACCUACAAACACCAUGAUGGAUCUUACAGUGCUUUUGGGAUGAGUGAUGCAUCAGGAAACACAUGGCUGACGGCGUUCGUGAUGAAGUCUUUUGGAAGUGCGAUGAGAUACAUCUUUGUAGAUCAGGUGUUUGUGGAUCAGGCGAAGGCCUGGCUCGGUCAACAGCAGCAGGACAAUGGAUGCUUUGCCUCAGUGGGACAACUCUUCCACACCGACAUGAAGGGAGGAGUGAAUGAUGAGGUGACCCUCUCGGCGUACAUCACUGCUGCAAUGCUGGAACUCAACUAUACAGUGACAGAUCCUGUGGUGAACAACAGUCUUACAUGCCUGAGGAAUGCGUACACUCAGGUGAACUCCACCUACACCAAGGCUCUCCUCUUCUACACCUUCACCCUAGCUGGAGAUCAGGGGAUGAGGAACACACUCAUCUCAGAGCUGAAUGCAGAGGCCAUAAUCUCAGGUGGUGGGAGACACUGGAGCAGAGUGAGUGAUGGGUCAGUGACGGACUCUUUGGAGGUGGAGAUGACCUCAUAUGUGCUUCUGGCUCUGAUGUCUGGACCCGAGCUGGCCGGGUUUGGUCUGGGUUACAGUACCAGUAUCGUCCACUGGCUUUCUAACCAACAGAACGCCUUCGGGGGCUUCGCUUCUACACAGGACACUGUAGUCGCUCUCCAGGCUUUGGUGAAAUACAGUCUGGCCACCUACAGUCCAGCAGGAUCCGUAAAUGUUACUGUAACAUCACCAUCCGGGCUGAUUAACACCUUCACCAUUAAUCAGAGUAACAGGCUGCUGUAUCAGGAGACUCAGCUGCAGGAGGUCGAUGGAGAUUACGACAUUAAAGCAGAAGGGAAAGGAUGUGUGUAUGUGCAGUUCACUUUGCGCUACAACAUCCCUCCUCCUCCUGACAACUCUUCAUUCAUCGUCUUAGCUUCAGCAUCUGGAAACUGCAGAGUCCCAAAUCCAUCUUUGCAAGUGACUAUUAAUGUCAUGUAUAACGGCAAUCGACCAAAUACCAACAUGGUGGUCAUCGAAGUCAGGCCUCUUUCCGGAUUUGUGGCAGACGUGAACUCUGUGACUCUUGCGAAUGGCGAUUCCAAGUCGACUGACGGAGCUGUGAAGCGUGUGGAUCAAAUUGACGGCAACGUUAUCAUCUAUCUGGAUGGACUGACGAAGGGACAGGAGAAAGUGUACACUCUCACCAUCAUGGAGACUAAUUCGAUGGAUCACCUGAAACCCGCCGUUGUGAAAGUUUACGAUUACUACGAGACCAGUGACGUGGCUGUAACUGAAUACUUCUCGCCGUGUCCAGUUCAGUGAGAGUUUGUUCAGGAUCUGAGAACAGCAAGAAAAUGUUUUCCCCUUUAACUUGUUUUAUGGUGAUUUUACAUUUAUUACGUUUCACAAAACUUAGCAUGUUUACAUAACACACAUAUCCCAGGGUCUCUGUAUCUUAUCCUACUUGUUUUAUAUGUUUAGUUCUUUCGGUGUUGGAACAGGUCCCUUUUCCUUUCCAUAAAUCAUGUCCUGAAAAUUCUCAUAAAACAAAUUUUUAUAACUAUUUAUAAUUUCAAUCUAUAAAAUUCUUUAUAGAUUACUCUUUAUCUUGAAGGAAAAAAAACAGGUUCAAACCCGGUCACUGAUAUCUGCAUUUUCAGACGACGUGUUUGGGUUUACUGAGGAAGAUGUUGUUGAAAAGAAGAAGCUGUGUGUUAUAAAGGCCUUGAAGUCCUCACUGUCUUUAUCAUUGCUUAGGCCUCACAGUGGAACAACAAGACAAUUUCACAAAAGAUUAAAGCAAAUACAAAGUAAAUUUAUGCAAAGAUAAAGGUUUGUCCUAAUCUGACCCCAGAAACAGAUUGAGCGUUUUCCUUAUCUGUGUUUUUGUGCUUUAGGAUGAAGUAGAAACUGUGAUUCUUGUCAUUUUUUGUCAUACUUUAAAACUCAAACACAAUCCGCUAAUAAACACUGUUAUAAGCA